GGAUGGAUGGAUGGAUAUCAACACAUUUGUCAGUCAGAGAUAGACAGUCGAUCCGUCCGUCACACACACACACACACACACAGACACAGGCGUACCAUAAAACCAACAACCAAUAGAGAGGAAGAACGAAACGAAUUAGUUCUCUCAUUACACGAUGAAUCAAUGAGUGAAUGAGUCCACACGCACACAACCAACACAAGCGCUAACCAAUCAGCUAACUAGUCUAUCGACCAACACACCACACCACACCACACCCACCCUCCCACCAGUCUAUCUACGCCGCAGUAUCACACGGAAAAAACCGAACGAACGCAGCCAAAAGACACCGUGUACACCACUGGUCGUGUCGCAUCCCAUCGCUAGCUGGGGUCGAUCGAGUUGAGCCUCGUGCUGCAGUUGGGGGUCAGCUCUCCCGCCUGGCCCCCAUGUCCGCUGUGCGCAUGGCCGUCCAGCUGCUUCAUCUCGAUGCUGCUGCUGCUGCACCCGUUCAUGUGGCCAUGCUGCACCACCCCGUUGUGGAGCUGCUCCCUCUCGCCCUCUUUGCCAGCAGUGUGCCUCUGCCGCCCCACAGCCGUGUUGGUGAUGGACGCCGAUGACGCUGAAGAGGGUUCGUCGGGAGAGACCUUGAUGGCCACCGGGGAGAGGCCCUCCGGGUGGCUUCUGAGGCCGUCCAGCUGGCCAGAGGAAGAAACUGACGGUGACAUAAGCAGACAGCCAGGAUGAUCCACAGUGUGUGCGUCGUCAACAGAGUAAUAGGGGGAGGGAGGGGGGGUGGGGGCCCGCUUCUUCAGCGGCACCCAGAAUGAGGCAAGAAAGGGCCUCACUGGAUAGUCAUAUUGCUCUGCCCAUGGACCAAAUAGUGACACGACGGCCGACCAUCCCCCCCCUCCCUCCCUCCCUCCCUCACUGUCUUGUGCACGUGUGUUGUGUCCUGUUGUGUGCUUACGCGGUGAGUAUUGAGCCUUGCCGACGUGCGUCAUAGGGAUACCUAUCCCGCGCUGGUCGAGCGAGGUGCACCCUGUGGUUGGGAUCAUCUUGAGGAUGAAGGGGGUCAGCAGGAGGCUCAUGGCUGCGGUGCCGAUGAGCAGCAGGUACACUUGCCGCGAGAUGAGGGCCAGCGCCCAGCCCUUGCCAGCCAACACGAAGGCAAACUCACCUAUGUGCUGACACAGAGAGAGAGGGAGAGACAUGUGAGUGGAUGUGCGUGUGUGGGUGUGGGAGAGUGCUCACGGCGAGUGUCAGGGCGACUCGCCAUGCCUUCAGGAUUGUCAGGUCUGCCAGCAGCAGCUGCGACGUCACGCACACAAAGAGGCAUACAUCGGCUGUGCGUCCCGCAGGGCCGUCCGUGUGUCUCUCCCGCACUCACCAGUGGGGUGAUGAUGACGGCCUUGGCGACGAAUAUGGCGGCCAGCACCCCGAGGAUGGAGGGCAUAUUGUCCCACAUAAACAGCGGGUCAAUCGCCUACACGUUCACACACACACACAGUCGCACACAGUCGCAUCCAUGUCUGAAGUGCCCACCAGUCCGAUGCAGGCGAAGAACAUGGCGCCGAAGACGUCCUUGAGCGGCUCCACCAGCUCCUCGGUCUCGUGCAGCAGACCGCUCGGAAGCUGACAUACACACGAAUGGCACCACACAACACAACACAACACAAAACGGUCUCUUCGUCUGCAAUUAUGCGGCCUGUGUGUGUGGGUCUGUGUGUGCACCUGUGUGAGCAUAACCCCCGCCACGAAGGAGCCCAUCUCCAGGGAGAGACCCAAGACUGACAGACACACCGCACCGCUCACAGGUCACGAUGCUGUGCUGUCUCUGCGCUGUGUGUCUCGUGAGUGAGUGGCUUAGUUGGGUGGGUGCCUACUGUCGGUGAGAGCGGCCACCCCAAGCGCAAAACUAACGUUGCCUGAUCAUCAUAAUGACGGCAGACACAAAACACUCGAGAGAAUAGUCGGUGCGGCGUAUCACUGACUGGCUCACCCAGAAGGUAGAGCUCCUUGCUCUUCAUCUUGGAGACCAGGAUGAACAGGGGCGGGUUCGUGAAAACCGCAGCCAACGACGCCACUGCAAGAGGGAGCGGAGGGGAGAGAAGGACGGAUGCAUUGCAACGACUUGUAUGAGUUUGCAGGCAGGCAGGCAGGCAGGCAAGUCUUCCUUACCGACAGCAUAUGCCGCCAGCAUCACCAGUGGCUCGCUCAGCUUCAUCAGUAUCUGCACACAGACAGGCACAGACACGCAGUGCCAUCAGACGCCUCCUCGUGGGUGGUGGGAAUUUCAGACAUACGGCGUGCAUACCCUUGUGAAAGUGACUUGUGUCUCGCCGAGGCUCGGCAGCACGGCCAGCAUGACGCCCAGCAUCACGUCCUGGAUGAUCAGUAUCCCCACAGUCGCCUGGCCCUCUACCGUCUGAGACGAAUCACGAAAAGUGGACACACCACCCACACACACAAGGGUGUGUUUGGCUUCUGGGUGGGUGUCUCGCCGGCGGCUCCUCACUCACCUCUAGAAUGCCUUUCUGGGAGAGAUCCUUGACACACACGGCCGUCGAAGACAUCGACACAAACGCACCCACAAACAGACCUGCACACAACACAACACAUGGAUACGAUACGUGUGUUGGAGGCCAUUCAUGGUUGGUUCGCGCAUCGGGACCCUCACCUUCCCUGACGGAGGUGCCCAUGGCCACAGCGAUGCCGGCGAAAAACGCCAGAAGGAAAAACAGCGAUAUGAUGCCGCCGUUGAUGGCCGCCUUCUUCACUCGACGCACCUUCCUCGGGUGAAACUCCAGACCUGAAUGAAGAUCAUCCAACCAUGUGACUCCCAUCCCCUGUGUGUGUUGGGGGGAGGUGGGGGUGACACUCACUUACCGAGUGAGAAAAGGAGGAAGCAGGCGCCCAGCUGUCCCACCGAGUCCACCUGUAUGAUCUGGUCGAUGAGAUUGAGGCACCCUGGUCCGACGAUCAUGCCGGCGGCGAGGAACCCCAGAACCACCGGCUGACGCACGAGGGCCGACACGAUGCCGCCCAAGGAGGCAGCGGCGAUGAGGAUGACCACAUCCAUGAUCAGCCGAAAGUCCUCUCGAUAGCCGGAGGAGUUCUUGGGCUUCGACAGCACAUACUGGUUCUCCUGAGCGCCCAGAAAGACAGAGAGCGAAGUGGUGCGUGGUCUCUCUGGGCGGCUAGAGCUGUGGGGUAUAUGUGACCUUAGAGUCGAUGAGGUGAACGGACAUGGGGUCCGCUUUCGCCUUGUCAGUUGCGGCGCCGCCCUCCGAUGAGCCGCCGGCGGUGAGGUGGGGGUGCUCUUGACUGAUGACCUUGACCGUCUGUUUCGUGUCGCUCUCCUGCACACACACACACACACACAGACACACACACACACGCACGUACACACAUCCAUUCACCAAUGCAACACACAACGGUCAGAGAUCCAUCCGGCAAGGCGUGUUGGUUGGGUGUCAUCGACUGACCUCGCUGUCAUCGUCUUGUUCGGGUGCUGCUGCCACAGGCCGCUCCUUCACUUUAGCCACGUCACCAAACAGAGUCGUCUCCUCUGCACCGCAGCGGAACGACACACAGGCAGAUAGGCAGGUGCCGAGCUAUGAUGGCCGGGUUUGAUUUCCGUGGUCGUUUGGUCUGUCUGUUUGUCGCUGCCGACCUUCGAAGGUGAAGUUGGGUGGCGUUUCGCAGUUGCAGCCGUGGUACUGCUGGCCGUUCAUCGAUAUGAAGAUCUCCACCUCUGCAGAGCAAACAAAAUGCAGCCAGCCAUGCAGCCCAGAAAAGCAGCAUUCUCCCCCUCCUCUCCCUCCUGUCUGUGUCCUCUCCCUCCUCUUUCUCCCAUCCCCCCACUGACUUUCUUUCCGCCUCCACACGGGGCUCUCGCACACCACUGCCGGCACCAAAGGCGCGUCAGGCGACCCCUCCUCGCUCUUCACCUCUUCACGCGAUGAUGAUGACGCCGCCUCGUCACCAGAGCUGCCGUUGUCUGUCGAAUCCUCCAUCGCACCACCGCCAGCACCCACCCCGGUCCCCUCUCUGGGCGCAGCGCCCCCUGAAGCAUCGACCGGUGCAGCAUCGGCCGACUGAUCAGAUGAUCCCGUGUCGGCUGCUGCUGCUGCCGCGGGUGCUUGGGGUGCCUUGACAUCUGCCUGUGUGUCUGCUUCGGGUGCAGACUGCUGCGGCUGUUUGGGGGGCUGGGGAGGGGUGAGGGUCUGUGUUGUGGGUGGGGACAGCAGACAGGCAUGGCAUGGCAUGCAGUGCAGAGGGGGUGAAUGGAUCAGAUCAGGGCAAGUUGACUGACUGUUGUGUGCUGCUCACCGCGGCAGCAGCAGCUGAUGGCGCCGGGAGCAUCAUGAACUUGCCUGAAAGACAUCGACAAAGGCGUGGGGGCAAGUCACGGCGUGGUACAAAAGUUGACUUGAGCUGGGACGGGACGCGUUGCUGACCUUCCACGGUGGUGGAUGCCGACGAGGAGACGAACUUGACUUUGAUGGUGUCCGACGGGAAGAUGUUGCGGCCGAACACAUGGAUGGUGGUGCCGCCUACAAACACACGUACACAUAUAUAUAUCCACACAUCAGUUAUUCAUUGACGCAUUGGUGCAAGCGCCGUAGACGCACCGCACCCGAGAUGAAGGCCUUUGAGGGCUGAAAGCUCUCCACAACUGGUGGCUCGAACACCUGAACCAACCGACUCACAGACAGACAGGUCGCCAGUGAGUGAAUGACCAGCCAACAUCUCCCUCUCCCUCUCCCCGAUCAUGGCGGUCGCUCGCCUUGAAGAAGAGAGUCCGCUCCUCGGCGGUCUCGACGAAGUCCUUCUGUAUGUGGACGCUGACCAGGCACCCCUUGUCGCUCAGACCGCCGGGCGUCACGAACUCGAUCUGCUUCUCGGUCACCUUGAGCGGCUCCACUAUCCGGUACUGACCGUCGAUGUUAUCUAGAUGCACAUACAACUCAUGGGCUGGGGCUGGGGCUGAUGGUGGUGAUGCAGCAAUGGUGCCGUUGCUGUCAUGUGUGGCGGAGGUGGCGUUGCCUCCUGCUGUGGCUGCUGCUGGGGGCUGUUGCUGCUGCUGUUGGUCUGCGGAGGAUAGUGAGGUGGCAUUGGCCGGCAUUGGUGGAAGGGGUGGAGGGGCGUCUGGCUUGGCUCUGAAGCCGUACCCAUGGAUCGUCACCUUGGUGCCCUGUCAGACAAGACACACACACCACACGUCCAGCAUAGCAUCCACCCAUCUCCAUGCGGCUGCAUCUCUCUCGCUGCUCCUGCUCACCCCGUCAGAGGGCCCCUGUGACGGCGUCAGGUACGACAGCUGAAUCUGGGGCACUCCUGCACCAACCGCCAGCCCACCGAGGGAUAGCAAAACCCGCAACACCCCCCAGAGGCCUCGAUGCGCAGCUUUCCUCCUCGCUUGCCGGGCCGAUGAGGGCUGCUGAAUGGACACCGCCUCAUCGGGCGAUGGGCAGGGAGGCUGCUGCCGGUGCUCUUUGCGCUGUGGUGCAGAUGCUAUGGCUCGAAAUGAUGACGGCUGCCUCACCCCUGAUGGAGAGGAGGCCCGAUCAGCACGGUUGAGAGAGGCGGCUCUUCUGGCUGUCACCAUGAGCCGCAGGAAUGGCAAGCGCCGGGCUGCUCGUUCAUCCAGUCCUCUCAGCGACCAGAAGAUGACUCAAAUGCGAUUCUGCUCGAAUGAACGGUCUUUCAAGCUGAUACGCCAAGGGUGGUAUCUGUUGAUGCUGAGAUGCUCAUCCAAAUGCGUUGCAAUUGCGGCAUUGUCUU